AUGAGUUCUAGACUGAUCGCCAAGAGCUGUAUACCCCCGUUGCACCCUCGAGUUCGAGGCGGCCAAUCGAGCGGAUCGAAUACUAGACGUCAUACUGUACAACGCGGAUGGCUACCGACUUCAAAUAGAGCUUCAGCAGCAUUUCCAGCGGCAGAGAUGCAUAGCGCGCCUUAUUUCAAGUGCACGAUUCCCACAGGCAGGAUCAGGAUCGCGUCGCUAUCACACUGCCUUAGAAGGACGUUGGGAUCAUGGACAGCGGCUAAUCUGAGGUCGUCUUCAGCACGACCAUAUUCCACCUCCAUAAUCACCCCGCUACUACGCCUGGAUACCUCAGCGCAUAUCACACAAUUUCCGCGGCAUCAUUCAAAACCAUCUAUGCACCCGUCAAUGCCUACCGGCCGAUCUUCUCAGCAAAAACUUUUUACCUCAGCGACCUUAAAGCAGAUUUCGUCAACAGAGUCAACGGUCGCAAGGAAUGCGUCUUUGGAGUCUACACCAACAAGAGCAUCAUCUGAGCUGUCACCGUGGCAAUUUCCACAGACACCAAUACUGCCUCUAAAGAAAUCGAAAUCAAAACACCUUUAUGGACCGCUACCUCUGCCAGUUACUCUAGAAGCGUCCAAAUUCAACACGACUUUACCAUCAACAAAACCUUCUCCUUCGUCAAUCGGCAACGUAUCGACGACUGCCACAUCUCAACUGGUAUUCCCGCCACUGCCAGCUGUUCUUGGAUCCCAGCCUUUGUAUUACCUUGCUAAGAGAUUCCCCAUUCUGGCAGAGCAGGAACUCAAGGCUUUACCCAACAAGACGGCGCUAGACUACUCGAGCUUUCUGUUGGGCGCUACAAGAACCGCAUAUCCAUCUGCAACAACUCUCCGCGCGGUUAUCCGUCAGUUCAGGAAUUUUUUGAAAGAGUCAGCUCGGCAGCUGAAAGCCUCACCUUCGACAUUAGUGUAUAUGGAACUGCCCAGGGCGAGGAUAUGGACUCAGAUGAUACGAGGGUUGAUCUGGCUGAAGCAAUACCGACGAGCUCGAGUUGCUAUUCACGCAAUGCAGAAACUGGGGAUCAAACCAACUGGAUAUGCAUGGCGUGGAAUUUGUCGUGGCUGGAUUGAGCAAGGAGACUUGGAUCGUGCGGAGGCAUUGGCUGCGCAGGUCUUUAUGAGGCCUGAGAUCUCGCACGACUAUCAACUGGAGGAAAAGCCAUAUUACUUCGUAGACAUGUCGGAAUCAGCACAGGAUCCUGCACGUCUAAAGCAUCGGUCACCCAUGUCACCCAACUCAGCACCUCUUUGCCUGGUGAUUGAGGCACUGGCCGAGUGCGGAGAGAUGGAACGGGCCAGAUACUGGUUUGAUCGAAUCCCUAAGCACGAGAUGACAGAUUUGCUGACGAGUAGCAUGGUGGCCGGAUACCUCAGGAUGGGUCUGCAACAUAAGGCACAGGAGGUCAUUCGGAUUAUGGCAAGAUGUGGAGUCAAGCCAACGGCUAUUGUUUUCAACCCGAUCGUGGAACAUGCGGCCAAGAACAUAGGCAUGGAGGUGGCAGAAGAAUUGGUGCGGGACAUGAUCGAGCGCGGCAUUUUUUUGAACCUUUUCACCUACAAGGCAUUGAUUCGCGGAUAUAUUGCUACAGGACAGAAGGAUAAGGCCUUGAGUUGUCUCGGUCGGAUUGGCGCCUCGGGACUUGAGACAGACAGGGCAUUGGGCCGAAUUUUGUUGGAUGGUUUCUAUGACAUAGGCACCCUGCGCAAAGGAGACUGCGGUCCACCUGCGAUCUGCGAAGUCAACAAGACACAGGAAAUGGAGGACGAAUUUGGAAUGGACAAUCUUGAGUUUGUAAAGAGGCCAGGGUGGAGCCAGCGAUGCAUAGCAUGGAUUCAAAGCCGCAAGUAUGAGCAACUGGAGGAGGCACUACAGCAGGUUUCGGAUCUUGGCCGCCUGAGAACCGAUGCGGAGGCUGUCCAAGUCAUUAAAGCGCUUACAGAUCAGCAGGAGAUGGCUAGAGCACGAAACUGGUUUGACCAAUUAGUGUCGUCAGGCGGGUCAUGGCAGGACGAACCUAUACUGGAGGAUUUGAUGCACCACAUGGUCUCGGGAUAUCUUCAGACGCGUCAACCAAAAGAAGCAGAGGCAGUACUUUGGGCCGGCUCGCAACGGGGGGCUCAGCCUAAGCUUGACACCAUCAACUUGAUGCUUAGGUGGUCGACCUUGCACGGAGAAAUGCAGGAUGCCGAAGAUAUGGUUCAAAGAAUGAUACAGUCGAACAUCACGCCCAAUCUGCAGACUUUCGACGUUCUAUACGAGGGUUAUGCCUCGCGAGGCGCAUUAGGAUCACUGCAAGAAUGUAUGGUCAGGAUGGAGGAGGCAUUUCCUGGGCACGUGGAUCAAAGCCCAUCGACCAAGGAGCUGCGGAACCUCCUAUUUGGCCGACAAGAACCCCGUCCUGUGGAGGAGGAAUCGUUUGCCACACCGACUUCGCCAACCUCAUCUUCUUCUGGAAUUUUGGAUGCUCUUUGUGCGCGAUGGACAGAACAGGACCGAUUAGCACAAGCAGACCAAUUCGUGUCCGAGCUCGUAUCGAAUCCGAACGUGCCUAUCAGCAAGAUACCAUUUUCGACCCUGAUUCAGGGUUGGAUCGACCAAAGUCAGCGGAAUAAGGUUUCAUCAUCUGCUAUGCAAGCCAUUGCUCAAUCGCAAUCGCGUUCAGGAACUUCGAGGACGCUUGCGCCUUCUGACUCAAGGGCGCCGACAUCGUCCUCAGUCCCUAGUAGCGAAAGUCUCAACCACGAAUUCCGUCUUCGACAGGAGAGCGUGGGCCAAAUGCGCAAGGCCCGUUACUGGUUCGAGAAGGUCCCGGAGGAGCAGCGGACGCUGGAUUUGGUGAACAGGAUGAUUGGCGGAUACAUGGCCCUAGGCCUGGAGCACGAAUCCGAGCACAUGAUCCAAUGGCUGGCCUCACAUAAGAUCAAACCCGACGUGGUUACUUACAACCACAUUUUGGAGCACACAGUGCUACACGUAACCAUGCCUGCCGCCGAGACGCUUGUCAACAGGAUGCAGAAGGGAGGAAUUACGCCCAAUGUCGAUACCUGGAACUUGCUGAUUCGUGGUUAUGUGAUACGAGGGCAGUCGAUCAAGGCCCUGUGGUGCCUGGAUCGGAUGACUGGCAAGUGGACUCCACCCUCGUCCGCUCGAGCGAAAUUGGAAUCUCCGGCACAAGCCAGAUCUGCCAAGUCCAAGACACGCGAGAUGAUUGAGACAUACGAUCGUGAGAUCCUGGAUGUGGUCAUUGACGAUGAUAUGCCGGACGAGGAUAUUGAAAGCGAUGCUAUCGUUCCAACUAGACAAGCGCGCCGAUCUCUGCGGCGGCCUCAGGAUACUGUUGAGCCUGUUGUUGGCUUUGUAGAACCGAACGAGAUGACGGAGCAGCUGAUUUUGGCAGGAUUCGGCCCGGAACUGAAACCAGAGCAAGGACAUGGAGACUAUGCACGAGCGCUGGAACUGUACAGAAACAGAGUCGCACGGCAGAAGCAACAGAAGGAGAAGCUACUGCAGGGGCUUGCAUCGUUGACUGAGCAGAACCCUCAAUUGAGACCCAGAUCGAGCCUCGACCACGAGAGAGACAGUGACGAGGAAGAGGAGGCAGGGUGGAAUCUCGAUCACCUGGAAUUGCUCAAGAGACUUGGAGGGCUGACGGGGACAGAUGUGGGAAUGACGACCUUGGACUGGAGGAACGAGCUCAAAUGGGAGGAGAUGAUGGAGAUGGAGAGGGAGCAGGAGCGGGAACUCUCUGGACGGAGCUGGCCUCUCUAA